GAUCAGCCCUCGGGGAGGUUGACGGCACCGUGCCUAAACAGUAGACAACCAGAAUUAGACAAAUCCCAGGAUAUCAUCACCAUGGCCGACGCUCAAUUCGACAGUGCGCUUGACCUUCUUCGGCGCCUCAACCCCCGCGAUACGAAGAAAAACCUUCAGGCGAUCACCUCCAUCGUCCCCGAUCUGACCGAGGACCUCUUGUCCUCCGUUGACCAGCCCCUGGAAAUCCGCAAGUGCCCCAAGACGAACCGCGACUACCUCCUUUGUGACUACAACCGGGACGGAGACAGCUACCGCUCACCCUGGAGCAACGAAUUCGACCCCCCGUUGGAAGAUGGAACGGUUCCCAGUGAGAGAGUGAGGAAGCUGGAGGUGGCCGCCAACGAGGCGUUUGAUGUUUACCGGGAGCUGUACUACGAGGGCGGAGUAGGCAGUGUGUACUUUUGGGAUUUGGAUGAUGGGUUUGCGGGUGUCAUACUGUUGAAAAAGGGAGUCACACCCGGUGCGAAGAGCUCAGGAGAGUGGGACAGCAUCCACGUCUUCGAGGCUACCGACAGGGCGCGUAUGUCCCACUACAAGCUGACCAGCACCGUUAUCCUUCACUUGGCCAACGAAUCCGAGGCCCUGGGUGAGAUGGACCUGAGCGGUAACAUGACCCGUCAGGUGGAAGUGGACUUGCCCGUCGAGUCGGAUGCGAGCCACGUCGCCAACGUCGGUCGACUAGUGGAGGACAUGGAGCUGAAGAUGAGGAACUUGCUGCAGGAGGUAUACUUCGGCAAGGCUAAGGAUGUGGUGGGCGAACUUCGCAGCCUCCCCUCGUUGUCCGAGUCGAACAGAGACCGGGCUACCCACCUGGAGAUGAUUCGGUCCAUGCACAGCUAGUCUACUGUCAUCACUUUAGGAAUCCAGUGUAGCGUCGCCUGUUGCGUUUUAGAGGAUGUUGUUCAUUUACCGUUCUAUUGUUGAUGUAGUUUGAGCUAAGGUUCCUGGGAAUUCGAAUAGCAUUCGUACACGAUGAACCACAAAUGCUAAUUAUGCCUGUAUUGUAAGCGGACAUGCUUGAUGGCAUAGCUAACCACUCGGGGGCGACGCGCUCCUUCGAUAUAGAUGAC